AUGCCUUCACCACAAACCCAUACAUACGGUCCUAAGUGCCGCCUUGCGCCUGUUCCGCAACCCUUAUCCGCAGGCGCCUACGAUGGCAUUCCUCCCGUUGCCGCACAGUUCUUCUACUCUUCGGUUAUACCCAUAGAUGAUCCCCUAUCCCCUGGAACCAUUGCCGGCGUCUCGGAUGCGCGGACCGCACGUGGCCAAAUCCGACCGUUUUCGCUAGGCGACAGCAACGCUCUCGAGAAGGCUUGGCUUAGCCUCCUGUCUGACGAUGACAUUCAAGCCCACGAGCAGUUGGUACGGGACCGUAAACUCAGCCCUGCUGCAGAGAAAGCCAACGCGGCCAAGCUGGUUCUCUUGGUGCGCCAUUUAGCGGUAAAACACAUCCAAAAACACGGUGGUACUAUCCAGGUAUCGUCCAUGGCAGGAGAAGCCUCAGGCGUGCUCCUGGACACUCCACUUGCCGUAUGCUGUCCGGACCUAUUCAUAGAUGUGUCCACCGAGUUGCAGAACACUUUUUGUGCGCUGGCCAGGAAACAUCACCCUUCACUAGGUCAGGAAAGUGUCGUGCAGGAAGUGAUGAUGGAGUUAAGACGUUUAGCCUCCUCGGACGAAUCCCGACCCCAGUCAGGUAGCAUCUCAUCUUCGCGGCCCCGUGCAGACUCUGCCCGGUCACGACAAAUGGGAAUCAUUGGCUCGUUCAGUCCUCGACGAGAAGCGGCGAGUGAGUUGCAGAGAAUUAGUAAAGAGGCUGGACACACCGGAAGUGAGGCCAAAACAAGGGCGAGAUCGGAUUCUCGAGCAAGCGAGCAAACCUCACGGCCUUCAACGCCAGGUCUCGGUAGUUCGCUUCGCCAGCAUCCGGUAGACGACGGCAUUUCUGGGAAGCCAUUCGUUCGAGCCGGACUCCGACAAAGGCCGCAAGACAGCUUUGCCACUUCCUUCCCCCCCCUUCAGGGGUCACCAACCCUGAUCGACACCGAGGAACGAGACGCGCAAAACCCGAGCGACCCACCAGAGUUGCCGAGAAGAAGGGAAAACACCACACAGGCCAAGCUCAUCAGUGACGAGAGUUAUAAGAGGGAAGCCAUCGACGUGGUCGUUGGCGUCUCCCGACUACACAUGGUGUCAAUUCCUGCGCUACAAAUGAAACCCAUAUAUUGGUCCCCUGUGAAUGACAUUGCCGUGGUCCUCCGAGCCACCUGGUUUUACAGAGACACAAUGCUACCGAUACCUCCAGCCGUUGCGAACCAGCUAGAGGCUGGUUAUCGAGAGCUCAAGCCACAUACCGAGACCUGGAACGAUGAGCUGCGCUGCGCCAUUGAAGUUGGCCCCCUCGGUGAGGAGAAGGUGUCACAUCGGCUGUGGCCGGAAGACAUGGAAACCCUUAGCGACAGGGAUAAGCAAGUAGUCUCAGACACUCGCAUCUCAACAGAUCCGUUCUGUGCUGCAAGCUGUUUUCGUGGAGAAGCUGCAGCAGAAGGUGCCGUUGAUCCGAAUCUGAAGGCUGGAGCAGCUUCCCAGCAGCAUCGGAGCUAUGCGAGCUACCAUGUCGUCUACAAGGACGCCUCCACGGCCUUUCUAUUGAAGCCCAGCCUGAAGCCUUCAGCUUAUUAUGGCAGGCGGCCGGUUGCGAAGAUCAUGAAAGGAAUGACCAUUGGCAUUCCGGUUACCCGUGGGUUCGACCGGCAUGCCUGGGAACGAAUCCACAACAAGAAGGCCACUCGAGAUGCUGCCAACCAGCCGCCCUUCUCUGUCAACGGCCCACCGGAAGCUCUUGGACGAGAUGUUUGCGCGGCCUGCCAGGCGCAAAAAGAGCGUGGCCAGGUCACGGACCUCGUUCUAGUUGUUCAUGGCAUUGGACAAAAGUUCGCCGAGCGAGUCGAAAGUUUUCACUUUACCCACGCCAUCAACGCCUUUCGGCGCGAGGUUAACCUGGAAUUGACCAGCCCAGCAGUCAAGGGUGUUCUAAGGGAGGACCAAAACGGGAUCAUGGUACUCCCGAUCAACUGGCGCCACACCCUGUCGUUCGAAGACGGCGGUCCAAUGACGGAGGAAGACAAGGCAACACAUGUGCCAGACGGCUUCAGUCUUAAGGACAUCGAACCCGGCAGUAUUCCUGCGGUGAGGAGUAUGAUAUCGGAUGUAAUGUUUGACAUACCGUUCUACUUGUCCCAUCACAAGGGAAAGAUGAUCAAUGCCUUGGUCACAGAAGCCAACCGUGUAUAUCGACUUUGGUGUCGAAAUAACCCGGGAUUUGCAGAAAGAGGGCGAACCCAUGUCAUUGGCCACUCUCUUGGCAGCGCUAUGGCUAUCGAGAUCCUCUCACGCCAGCCCACGCGUGUCCCAAGGCUGGAUCUAUCGCUGAGGGCCCCUCAGCCAGACUUCUUCGAGUUCGACACUUGCAACCUGUUUCUCGUAGGGAGCCCCGCCGGGUUCUUCCUGCUCCUCGAGAGAGGCAUGCUUCAGCCCCGACGUGGUAGGGUGAAACCAGGGGCAGACCCCGUCGAUAUCAACGCUCCGGAAGUGACGGGCGAGGCCUCUCGGUACGGGUGCAUUGCCGUGGACAACAUUUACAACGUGUUGGCCAAAGAGGAUCCUAUCGCGUAUCUUCUGAACGGUACAAUAGACCCCGUAUACGCCACGAGCCUAAGGACAGCACAUGUUCCAUCAAGCGCCAGCUCCAUUUUCCAGUAUGUCGGCAACGCAGUGAAAAGCCUCGUGCCGGGGACGACACCCACCCCGGCGAUGAUGGCCCCUCCGGCGGCGCCAAAGCCACCAUUCGCGCGCUUGCCCUCGCAGCUCGAGCUUGAGGUCCACGACUUCACACGGGAGGAGAUUGCGGAGAGAAAGGCUUACCUGCUUAACGACAAUGGUCAAAUCGAUUACUACCUCAGGUUCGGCGGCGGCCCUUUGGAGAUUCAGUAUCUCAACAUGUUGAGCGCGCACACUUGCUACUGGACGAGCCAGGACUUUAUCCGCAUGCUGUGCAUGGAGGUCGGAAGAAAGCCUGGCAGGGCAAACACCAUACCUGCCAUGAGGGCUCAGAAGGCGGCUAAGAGAGUUGCGCUGGGGUGA